AAGUUUAAUGAAUUAUCUUUAACGAAUCAAUAUUGCAAGCUAAGGCCAUUACUAAUGCAAUUUUGCAGAAACUGCAUGGCUCUUGUUUCUGUCAAUCUAUUCGCAGUUCAGACUUUAAAACAUGUGCAACCCACGAAUCGGCAUCUUUGGCAUAUUGAUGCUCUUGUUCGGCAGUCGCGCUAUGGGAUUAGAGGUAUUUGAAGGUGCAUGUCCAUCAAAUAUGACAGCCAUUGGUGAUUUCCAUAUGGACAAGUACGUGGGCAAGUGGUACACGUACUCAAUGUUUCCAUCACUUAAAAAAAAAAUGGCCAAAUGUCGAGCGAUCCAAAUUGACAAGUUGCCUAAUGGAAAAUUUCAACUAAAGGUGACGGAGCUACACAACGUAAAGGAUACUUUGGUGGUAAAAAAAGCGGAUAUUGAAAGCGUGGAUAGAAAGGGUGGUAAAUACACAUUGAAAACAUCAUCUUCUGCCUUUGUUGGUGGCGGGGAGAUGUAUGUGCUAGUCACUGACUAUGAUAAAUUUGCUGUACAGUUCAUGUGCAUUGAUUCCAAUGAAGUUCUUAACUUUCAAUAUGCUGUCAUACUGACACGCCAACGAUCGCCAUCGCAGGAUCUUGUAUUCCAGGCUCAACUAAUUGCCAAACGAUUGGGCGUACGAAUUGAUAAACUGAAAGUCGUUCAGCAGAAUGGCUGCCCUCCCGAUGCAUAACAGAUUCUAUAUACAUUGACUGGGCUUUAUUUUUAAAUAAAAUCAUGUACAUCAUAUUAUAUACCAUUAAAGGUUUAAUCAAAAAAUCACAUUAAAUUGAUACAUACUCAAAUUUAAUCACACAGUAAUAUAUUUA